UAUCUCUCUCUAGUUUAUUGGCAAAGGCCGGUCAAAUAAAAAAGGUAAAUGUUUAAGAGAGAGAACACAAGCGCGGACGCUACCAAAAUUUGAGACAGUCAUUGCCCUCUAAUUCCCAAUUUAAGGUCUUGUAGGCCCAAGAAUCGCCAUUACUGGAAUCUGGCUUUCUAGGUUUUGUUUCAUAUUAGAGGCACGAUGAGCGUGAUCGACAUUCUCACUCGUGUUGAUGCAAUCUGCAAAAAAUACGACAAAUAUGAUGUUGAUAAGCAUAAGGAGUCCAAUGUCUCUGGAGACGAUGCAUUUGCUCGCCUCUACUCAAGCAUCGAGGCGGACAUUGACGCUGCAAUUGAGAAAUCGGAGAAUGCCUCAAAUGAGAAGAACAGAGCGGCUGUUGUGGCGAUAAAUGCGGAGAUCCGGCGCACCAAAGCCCGAUUGCUUGAGGAAAUCCCCAAGCUGCAGCGAUUAUCCCAGAAGAAGGUUAAAGGGCUCUCCAGAGAAGAACUUGCUACUCGGGGUGAUCUUGUCAUUGCACUGUCAGAAAGGAUUGAAGCAAUACCUGAUGGAACAGCAGCUGGAGCAAAAAAAACUGGCAGUUGGGGAACUUCAGUUUCUCUCACGGAAAUAAAAAUUGAUUCGUCAGAUGGGAGAUUUGAGAGUGAAUACUUUCAGCAAACUGAAGAGUCUAACCAAUUUAGGCAGGAGUUUGAAAUGCGAAAAAUAAAACAGGAUCAAGGUUUGGAUGCUAUUGCAGAUGGACUUGAUACACUGAAGAAUAUGGCCCAUGACAUGAAUGAGGAGCUGGACAGGCAAGUGCCUUUAAUUGAUGAGAUUGACACCAAGGUUGACAGGGCAACAUCUGACCUUAAGAAUACAAAUGUGAGACUAAAGGACACAGUCACUAAGCUACGGUCCAGUCGGAACUUCUGCAUUGAUAUUAUUUUGCUGUGUAUAAUUCUGGGGAUAGCUGCAUACUUGUACAAUGUUUUGAAGAAGUGAAUGGUGAAAGGUUCUGUGUUUCCAUCAUCUGUUUGCUUGAUUUCUUUUCCUUGGGUGUGCCUAUUAUUCAAUUUAUGGGUGUCAUUUGUAUCUUUAUAUUUUUCUUUGUGAGUUGCUUAUUUUUCUGAAGCAGAAACCCACGCUUUCUGAUUUGAAAACAACAAAGAACAAUUUGAAUGUUUCUGCCUAUAUUAUAAGUUGGAUGAGGUUCCUAUGAGUUAGCUGAUA